GUUACUGGUCGGCAUAUAUUUCAUAAGAAGGUUAAGUCAUAUCAUCUGGACCAGUUAUAUUUUAUAAUUAUCAGAUAUGACCGCGGCAGUAUAAAUAUCAGCACCUCAGGACGCUGUUCAGGGUAAAAAGUGGAACAAAGGACAUCCUGCAGCACAAAGACAAAUCACCCACGGGACUUGCGUAGGAACAUGGCUGGCUUUGGAGAAGUGGACUUGUCGGUGAAUGCCCCAGCUCUCUCCAAGCUGAAAGAGCAAGUGGGAGAGGCCUCCGCCCCCGCCACUCCAGAGUGUGCCAUCUGCCUGCAGAGCUGCGUCCACCCCGUCUGUCUCCCCUGCUCCCACGUCUUCUGCUUCCUGUGUGUGAAAGGUGCCUCCUGGCACAGCAAGCGCUGCGCUCUCUGCCGACAGGAAAUCCCAGAGGACUUCUUGGAGCGUCCAGUUCUGCUCUCUCCAGAAGAGCUAAAAGCUGCGGCUUCAGGACUGAGCCGGAGUGGGGGUGGGUCCCAUGGGGACUACGCCUGGUACUAUGAAGGGCGAAACGGCUGGUGGCAGUAUGAUGAGAGGACCAGUCGAGAGCUGGAGGAGGCUUUUGUAAAGGGCAGGAAGAGCACAGAGAUGCUGAUUGCAGGGUUCCUUUAUGUGGCAGAUCUGGAAAAUAUGGUACAGUACCGCCGGAACGAGCAUGGCCGCAGACGCAAGAUGAAGAGGGACGUCGUAGAUAUUCCUAAGAAAGGAGUGGCAGGGUUGAGGUUAGAGCCUGAAUCUGCCUCCGUUCCUGCUGAUCCAGCUGCUGUGUCAGCAUCAACAGAACGUGUGAGCUCAGCUGAUGGGUCAGACUCUACAGACCAGACGCAGUCUUCAUCCUUUGGGAUCAUGCUGUCGCUGCCCCCUGUUAGACCUCAAACACUCCUGGGCCGCCAUCCUAACAGCCCUCUUUCUCCUUCACCCUCAGCCCUGGAACAGUCUUUUUCUCAGCUUCUAAUCAGCCAGCCAGAGGAGGAUGAAGAGGUUGAGGAUGACGAGGUAGAGGACGAGGCGUACGAGUUUGCAUCUGGAAGCAGUGAGAGCGAAGAAGAGGAGGAGUGUGACCAAAGGAGAGAAGAAUCCGUAGCACAAAGAAGACUCGGGCAAAGACAACUAAGAGAGAGCCAGCCAACCCGAAUUCCCCCGAGAGGCAUGCCAUCCACCUCUGUCCUCAGUCUCCGGUCUCGUAGUCCGGAUGGACAGUGCACUGUGACAGAAGUGUGACAGGAGACCGAAGACUCUUCUGGAGCUUUUAUCAGUUCAGCAAAAAAGUUUAGAAACCAACCUGCAUUGUUUUGGUCCCAUGAAAGGAAAAGUACCUCUUGAUUUUUAUUCAUCUAACCAGAUAAUGUGCCAUUUUUUUUUUUGUCCUUUUGUCUAUUUUUUUCCCAUCAAAUUGGAAGUAGUUUAAUCAAAGAUCUUGGUCCAUUUGAAUGUCCUUGUUUUCUAGAUGAUCGACCAGCUCUGUUCACUAAAACGACACCUUCAAAGCCAGUUUGCAGGAUGCAACUUUGUUGUUGUUAGUUUCUGCUCUGCUGACAAAAAUAAACUCCUGCAAGGUUCUGCAGUAAACUCGCUCAGUUCUGUCCUCAAACAGAGGUAGGAAAAAUCCACCACUCAAGGGGCUCUAAACAUGUUUGAAAUGAUUUUUAAUGCACUUGUCUAAACUGUUUUCACACAUUUAUUAUUCUGGUAGUGCUUCUCGCAGUAGCAACAACUGUUUAGUUUCUUUGUUCCCCACGAGUUGUGCUGUGCAGCUCGUGAACAAUCCUGGACCAGCCGUGUGGUUUUAGCUAAAGAAGUUUACUGAAGGAAGGCAGUGACGCGUCUCGAAUAUUUUCAUAAUGUUCAAGGUAAAAUUUGCAUUUGCUUCUUUAAAAAAUUGGAACAUCGGUGACUUUACAAAGUGCACAAAAGAACCUGCUACAGUUUCCUGUUGGCAUUUUCUAGACAGCAAGUGGCAUAAUGUAAAUAAAACUUGAAUUUCUUUUUAAAUUAUUCUUUUGGUAGGUGGACUAAAAUGUCUUUAGUGACAGCGGUGACUCGUCUGGGCAUUGUGA